CCCCACUAACGCCGUCCAGGCAUCAGGUUAGACGUUAGACCAAGAAACCAUCCAUGUACAUUUCAACAACAAGCCUCCAAACUCUCCCAAUUCAAAUCACAGACAUAGACACUCUACUGCAUUCUCUACCCAUUAUUUGCUGUGCACCAACGAGCCCUCUCAACUUCGGCCUGCACGAACCAAACUCGAUCGUCAGCCGCUGUCUCAGCUUUCUAUCGCAGGGAUUACUCAAGCCUCCUAACACCUUUCCUCGAGUUCCCAUUCGAUCGGCAACCUGAAAGAGCGUGGUCCCAGUGAAUAAUCAGGGCAGGCGUGUUGAGAUGCCUCCUCCACCACCGCCCCCGCCCCCGCCCCCUCCGGGUAUGGGAAUGGGCAUGGGAGGACCGCCGCCGCCGCCUCCUCCACCUCCUGGGGGACUGGGCGCACGACCUCCUCCAGGCGCCGGCCGCGGCGCCCUGCUUGGUGAUAUUCAAAAAGGAAGAGCACUAAAGAAAGCCGUCACAAAUGAUCGAUCAGCUCCCUCAGUUCCAGGCGGAUCGAGCGGAGGAGGUGGUGGAGGGCUGCCAAUUGGAGGCGCACCACCCGUGCCAGUAUUUCCAGGAGCGGGAGGUUUGAAGCCUCCUGCUCCGCAGAAUCGGACGAGAAGUGAUAGUGAUACCGGGGGCCCUGGAAGUUCUGGAGGAGCUGGAGGAGCUGGAGGGAUGAUCAGCUCAGCGCCUCAACUUGGCGGUUUAUUCGUCGGCGGUAUGCCUAAGUUGAAGAAGCGAGGCGGUGGUGUUGAUACAGGAGCAAACCAAGACGCCUCGUUCUUGUCGGAUUCCGAACAGCCAUCAGCGCCCAAAGUCCCUUCGGCACCACGCCCACCUGUUGGAGCUACGCCGGCAUUACCGGCACGGGCAGCUCCAGAAGUCGAUGCAGCGCCCUCAUUAGCCCCCGUAUUAGCACAGCUGCGAAAGACAUCUGGCAGCACGCCGCGACCUAUAUCAGCCAUAUCAACAGCAUCAUCAAAAGGCCCACCGCCCCCUAUUGGGAAGAAACCACCGCCACGACCUGCAACAAAGAAGCCUUCGACUAUCGCAGCAGUAAUGCCGCCUCAACCUCCCCCUCUGCCCGGCACACCGGCUCCUCCGCCACCUCCAUCAUCAGCCCCAGCACCACCUGCAUCCCGACCGUCCCCGCUGUCAUCAGCACCAGCUCCUCCUCCCCCGCCUCCUCCUCCCUCUUCAGCGCCAGCUCCUCCACCGCCGCCGCCUCCACCCCCAGCAGCAGCUUCGCGGCCACCGAUUGCAACUACACGCUCACAACCGCCUCCGCCUCCACCUGUUGCAGCACCAAACAAUGCAUCAGUACAAAAUAUUGCUCUACAAGCAGCAAUGCGUGCAACAAGCGAGAGGUCCAGUCCGACAGCAGCACCACCACCGCCUCCACCACCACCUCCAACUUCAGCACCGGCGCCUCCCUUAUCGGCUCCACCCCCGCCUACCGCACCCCUGGAGGUGCCUUCGGCCACUCUCCGCCCACGUGCAAGCUCCAACCUCCGUUCCUCGAUGCUGGAUCCAAGUGCCUACACCCUGGCCCCAAUCAACGGCUCAGGAACGAAGAGUCCAAGUCCUACAGGGAGCGCUCUCGCUAGCCCUCGCGAAACCGGGGGUGGAGAACGGUAUAUCGUCCAUGACAACCGAUGGAAAUUUAUCAAUGAAAGUAUGCUACCGAAGCCUCGUCCAUUCCAGGGUGGUGGGCCCAAGAGAUAUCGGGCUGGUCGUGGUAGCAGCGUUCCCUUAGACUUGAGCGCGCUUUAGGGAAAAGUACGUUCGUAUUCAUUGAGGUCAAAGCUGCUUCGGCACAAGAGCGGUGCGAGCCAAUCUCGCCAGAACGCUAUCGCUCUGAAUUGAGAAGUAUUGUGGCAGGCUAAGAAUAGAGUUAACAGGGAUUCAAGUCUUUUAAGAGCAGAUGGAGAAAGUUUCUUGCUACGAGCAUCCCCAGCAUCUGGUUAGGAGGAUUAAAACAAAGCAUUGCUAUAAGUAGACUUGAUAGUAGUUCUUCAGAUUAGAGCGUUGAAGAGGCCCCAUGCCUCUCUGCAGAAAUUGAAAAGUUGAAGAAUGAUGAACCAUGA